AUGACCAAGUUAAGUACUACUCCAAUUAGACUAUUACUAGAUACUGGUUCUGAAAUUUCCUUUAUUUCAGAUUCACUAGUUUGCCUCUUAGCUCUAUCACGCUCACGCUCAAAUCUCAACAUACUGGGGAUUGGCUCCACCAAGGCUGGUCAUACAAAAGGGUGUGUGCAGAUCACACUCGUAUCUCAACACUCAGCUCAGAAAAUCACCAUCAUUGCACACAUCCUGAGUGGUUUAACUGCUCUACUACCGUCCAUUGCGCUCGAAAACAUCGAUCUCGCGCGCUACAAGUCUCUCAAGUUAGCAGAUCGAGACUUCGCUGUACCAGGACCAGUCGAUAUCAUCAUUGGUGCUGAUUACUACGGACGAGUAGUACUCGACGAAACUAUUCGAUGGGAAGAUGAUUUCCCUAUCGCUCAAAAUACUAUCUUUGGUUGGAUUGUACUCGGUCCAAUCACCACAACUACUCACCAGCCACCUCGGAUGCUACAAGUAACCUGCUCGGAUCAUCAUCAAGAGCUUCAGGAGCUCCUAACACGGUUUUGGAUUCAGGAAGAGGUACCAUCUGAUCAACCCAAUCUGCUCACUCCUGACGAGGAAGCAUGUGAAGCUCAUUUCCAGAGCACACACAGACGAGCUGCUGCUGGAAGAUACAUUGUCAGACUCCCAUUCAAGUCUUCCCCAGCUCGGCUCGGAGACUCAUACAGUGCUGCAUAUCGGUGUCUUCGGCACCUGGAGCGUCGUCUCAACAACGACCAACAACUCAACAAGCUCUACCGGGAGUUCAUGGAUGAGUAUCUUCAACUUAACCACAUGGUACUCGCAGACCAUGACUCGGCUCACCAAGGUUACCUCCUGCCUCAUCAUGGGGUCCUGAAGACCGCCAAUAACAAGCAAAAAAUACGAGUAGUAUUUAACGGCUCCAAACCAAUCAAUUCUGGGCUGUCCCUGAACGACUUAGCGCAUACAGGUCCCAGACUUCUGCUCAACAUCCUUGAUGUUCUGCUCCGACUUCGCACACAUCGAUUCAUCUUCCUCACGGACAUUACCAAGAUGUACCGCCAAAUUCUGGUCCACCGUGAUGACCAGAUUUACCAGAAAAUACUCUGGUUCGAUCACGUCGGCAAUAUUGUGCAAUUUCUGCUCACUACCGUUACCUACGGCACGACGUUUGCUCCAUACCUGGCCGUUCGUGCCCUGCUCCAGCUCGUCAAGGAUGAGGGACACAGAUUCCCGUUAGCCAUCGUGCCACUCACUCGGGGUCGUUACGUCGACGACAUCUCAGGAGGCGCUGACGACACCGAAACACUUCAACAGGUCGCCGAUCAAACGGAACAACUCUGUAAGGCGGGCGGAUUCCCACUUGCCAAGUGGGCAAGUAAUUUUCGCCAGCUCAAUCAACUCAGCCACGCGGAAGUGGUCGAUCAAUACCCACUCGAGGAUCCAGAUACCAGCACCAAGGUCUUGGGAAUGCUCUGGUCCUCCAAACGAGAUCAAUUCUCGUUCCAUCACACUGCGCAAUCAACCUCGGCUUCAUCGUACACCAAACGUGCAGUACUCUCAGAGAUUGCUCAGAUUUUUGAUCCUCUUGGGUUCCUUGCUCCACUCACAAUUCAGGCAAAGAUGUUUAUGCAGGAACUCUGGCUUGUGAAACUCGGCUGGGACGAACCACUACCGGCUACAUUACGCCAUAAGUGGAAAACAUUCAAGCAAGAACUCAUCAGCAUCGACUCGAUAAAAAUCCCAAGAUGGAUCAGCUCAUCCACGUGCUCGGAUCUUGAGAUUCAUGGAUUCUCAGAUGCCUCUCAAUUGGCAAUGGCAGCUGCCGUUCUGAUCAAGGUUCACAAUCCUGCUCGAGGAGUUCGAGUAACGCUGCUCUGCUCCAAAACUAAGGUCUCGCCAUUAAAGAAGAUGACGAUUCCCCGAUUGGAACUAAGUGCUGCUCUCAUGUUGGCCAAACUCGUCCGUCACUGCCAGAUAACUCUAGGUUACGAGCGAGUUCCAACCUACCUCUGGACUGAUUCAUCAGUCGCGCUCACGUGGAUUCACUCUCACCCGUCGCGCUGGAAGGACUUCGUCAGGAAUCGAGUGUCACAAAUUCAGGAUCUUACUCCAGAUGGCCACUGGAGGUUCGUUUCUGGCACAGAAAAUCCAGCAGAUUGUGCGACACGUGGUUUAACCACUACUCAGCUCAAGGUUCAUCAGCUAUGGUGGACUGGCCCACCAUGGUUGCUCCAAAACCAGUCGUCCUGGCCCACCAGUCCUGCUCAUAUUGAUGUAGACUCACUACCUGAAGAACGACCCAUCAAGGCGUUCUACUCAUCGGCUCAACCGCUGGUAUCUCACUGGACUAUCAUGGAUCGCCCAAUUCCGCUACUACGGGUUUUGCGAGCCACCGUGAUCUGCUGGAGAUUCCGGGAUCUGCUCAAUCACAAGCCCAACUCAACACUCAAUCAUGCGAUCACCUCUGACGAAGUCUCGCAAGCGCUCAGCUUCUGCAUCAAGGAAACCCAACGAGUCUACUUCCACAGUGAAAUAAAGCUCCUCAACACUCAAGCAUCAUGGCCAAGGGAUCACCCAUUUGCUCGCCUAGUUGCCUUCCUGGACACCGACGGCAUCAUCCGAGUUGGUGGGCGUCUGGCAAAUGCACCAGACAAUGAUCAACAUAAGCACCCUGCAGUAUUACCACGUGAUGCUCCACUCACUCGGCUCAUUAUCUCUGACUCCCACCAGCGUACACUGCACGGAGGAACUCAGCUCACACUCGCCUAUCUUCGGCAACGAUAUUGGGUAUUGGGUGGCCGGCAACCAGUUCGGUCGUUCAUUCACAAAUGCCUCAAAUGUGCUCGGCAUCGAGGAAUUCGUGCCCAACAAUUGAUGGGACAAUUACCUGCUCCACGGGUCACCCCGUCACCACCAUUUGCUCACACUGGUGUCGACUAUGCGGGUCCCGUGACUCUCAAGACGUGGAAGGGACGUGGAUCGAAAUCGUCGAAGGGCUGGAUUUGCGUCUUUGUAUGUCUCGUCACCUCAGCAGUUCAUUUAGAACUAGUUAGUGAUUACUCAUCCGCCACCUUCAUUUCUGCUCUCUAUCGCUUCAUCAGCCGGCGUGGAAUAUGCUCAGCUCUAUACAGUGACUGCGGAACCACGUUCCAAGGUGCUAGCUCAGAGCUCAAGAGGCUCUUUUCUCAAUAUACACGAGAAUCGGCUGAACUGCUCGCCUUUGCCACUGUGAAUAACAUUAAGUGGCAUUUCAACCCACCAGCGGCUCCCCACAUGGGCGGAAAGUGGGAAGCAGCGGUGAAGUCGCUCAAACAUCACCUCACGAGGACUGUCGGUGAUUCUCGACUCACUUUCGAGGAAAGUACAACUCUCCUAGCUCGGAUCGUAGCGACUCUCAACUCAAGACCCCUGGAAGCCAUCAGCGAAGACCCUGAUGACCUGACCGCUCUUACACCCGGUCACUUCCUCAUCGGGAGAGAACUCAACGCCAUUCCAGAGCCUUCACUCAUGGACCUCAACUCGUCACGGCUCUCCAGAUGGCAAUUCAUACAACAACGUGCUCAAUACUUCUGGAAACAUUGGUCCACCAGCUACAUCCAACGCCAGCUGGCCCAGACCAAGUGGUGUCAACCACGGAAUGAUGUUCAAAUCGGCUCAUUAGUUCUGCUCACCAAUGAGAAUGCUCCGCCAAAUCGAUGGCCUCUCGCGAAGGUCACGGACGUUCACCCUGGGCGUGAUGGGCUCACUAGAGUAGCCACAAUCAAAACCAUCAAUGGUAUUCUCACGCGGCCAGUUGCCAAACUUGCAUUGCUGCCGCUCGCACCUGAACGGGACGCGUAA